UUACACCGCGGUUUGUGCGCCUAAGCGGUGUGGGUCCAGUUACAGAGAAAGAUCACUGAAAUGUAGACGUUUUAACACGUUAUUUCAGCCGCACACAUCGCUCUUUCCGCUUGUUUUGGCCUGUUUCUGGAUAGCAGCGGAUGCGUUGUUUGAAACGAUGAAAGUUAGCUUGCAUGCUAGCCUUUCAAGUUGUUCACAUCACUGCAGAGGCUUUGAAACCAAACAGUAGAAGUGGGCUGCAUUUCAUCGCCUGCAGGAUCAGAAGGGACAGCUUUGAGGGGAAGAUGUCUCAGAAAGCAGCAGCCAGGACUUCAUCGCUCAUGGCCCUUCAUUCAGAUUCACAUAAGCAGAGCAUCCUGAGCAAAUUUGACGAGCUCAGGAAAAGGGACCUGCUGUGUGACAUCACUGUCGUCGUGGAGGACGUGCACUUCAGGGCGCACAAAGCCCUGCUGGCAGCGAGCAGCGACUACUUCUCCCUCAUGUUCACGGCAGAAGAUCGGAUCAGUCGGCCUACCUACCGGCUGGAUGGUGUGGCGGCUGAGAUGUUCGCAGCAGUGCUGGAGUUCAUCUACAGCGCCCAGGUGUCAGUGGAGGUGAGCGCCACGGAACAGCUUCUGGCCACGGCUCGUCUUAUGGAGGUCACCGACCUUGUGAAGGUGCUCGCUGAACUCGCACGCUCUGCUGCAGCGGUUAGAGGCGAGGAGGUUAAGGCAGAUCCAUCAAAACGCAAGAGAGGACGGCCAAAGAAAAACAUGGAUGUGCCUGUAAGCGAGCUGGAGGGCAGCAGUGCACCGUGUGAGAGCUCUGAGGAGUUACAGGCUGGAGAUAUGGACUGUGAUGAUGCGGGACCUGAGUCACAAACUAAAGACGAUGUGGAUUUUGACCAGGGAGGCCACCGGCAGAGCAGACGCAAAAUCAGGCCUCCGCUCAAAUACAAGAGCUACAGGGUGGGCAGCGACACAGUGCACAGCAAAGAGCCAGGAAAGAGAGGCAGGAAAAGGAAGUACCCCAACACCGAGGCCCGAUGUGAGACCUGUGACAAAGUGUUCAAAAACCACCUCUUUUUAAAGAUUCACCAGAGGACUCAUACAGGAGAGAAGCCUUUUCGGUGCCCGGUUUGUGGAAAGGCUUUUACCCAGAAGCACACGCUGCUGGCUCACCAGCGCAUACACACCGGAGAAAAGCCGUUUGUGUGUUCGGUCUGCUCCAAAGCCCUCUCCUCCAAACACACCCUGCAAGAGCACAUGAAUCUCCAUGAAGAGAAGAAGUCCUUUGGGUGUGAGAAGUGUGGAAAGACCUUCACUCAGAAGAGGCAACUUAAAAGCCAUCAUAGAGUUCAUACAGGCAAGUCGUUACCAGAAUGUGCUCAGUGUCAUCACAAGUUUAUGGACACGGCUCAGCUGAAGAAGCACCUGAGGACUCAUACAGGUGAGAAGCCUUUCACCUGUGAGAUUUGUGGAAAGUGUUUCACAACCAAGAGCACACUGCAGACUCACAUAAGAAUCCACAGAGGCGACAAGCCGUAUCACUGCAGCAUCUGCAACAAAGCGUUCUCAGACCCCAGCGCGAGACGCCGACAUGUCGCCUCUCACUCCGGGAAGAAACCCUUCACUUGCUCCUUCUGCAGCCUUUCCUUCACCCGCAUGGACAAUCUGAAAACGCACACGAAAUCUCACAACAAGGAACGAGCUGCGACGACGGAAGCCUCGUCAGACGCGGCCUCAGCGCCGCCGCCGCCGGAGGAGGUGCGUAACAUCCUCCAGCUGCAGCAGUACCAGCUGCCCUCCGGCGCCGAGCAGGAGAUCCAGCUGGUUGUGACGGGAGAUGUGGACAAUAUUAACUUUGUGCCGGCUCAGGACCAGGAGAUCAGCAUCAUCACCACAGAGGGGGAGGCGACAGAAUCGGCCCACUCCAGACUCACCCUCCUCACCCAGUCAUCAGGAAAUGUGCAGAACGUGGCUCUGGUCGCUCAGGGCGGCGCGGUGGACCAAAGCCCUCAGAUUCAGACUAUCAGUAUGCUGGAGGGCCAGGUGACGCACCAGCCUGAGCAGAUGCAUGUAAUCACCCUGAGCAAAGAGGCGAUGGAGCACCUGCAGGCCCAUCACGGUCCCCCGCAGCCCCUUCAGAUUGCACAGCGGCCCGUCCAGCAGCUGCAGGUGAUGCACCAGCCGAUCCAGCAGCUGGCGGUCCCUCAGGAGAGCUCGCAGGGGCAGGUGAGCAGGGAGAAACACAGCCAGGCCAUUCACAUCAGCAGCCAGAGCAGCCAGCCCAUCUCCAUCAGCCAGACCAGCGAGCAGAUCUCCAGCCACCACAUCCAGGGACAGACGUUUCAGAUCCAGGCAGGGACCGUCUCCUACCUGUACACCACCGGGCUGCCGCAGGAGAGCUGAGCGCAGGCCGGAGCCUGACAGGUGACGCUGCGACAGUACGCGUUAAUAACGAGUGAACAAGACGGCCAAUAUUAAGUUAGAAUAUUUUUAAAGGAAGAAUUUUUAUCGCAAAUUCUAUCUUCAAAUUUUGCGUCAACCAUUUGUUUUCCACAACAUACUGUAAUCUUUCUCCCCCGCCACCGGUUUCACUUUGAGUCAGGACACAGUCAGGGUUUUAACUACGUGUCCUACGCGUUUCUGGCUAGAAUACAAGUAACAUGCAGCAAAGCCUGAUCGAUUCAGAAUUUUUGAGGCAGAUAACUGAUACCUGAGAGUUACGAGGUUCAGAUUUUAUUGGCUAACAUUCACUGCGACAAUAUUGUGACAAAAGCACUAAGCGAAACAUUUCAGUUUACAGUGCAGCUAUGUCUUCACUAAGAUAACAUCAGCGCUCUAAUCAGCAGACGUCGUCAGUUUGAAAAGCAUAACGUGAUGUUUGUUACAUUUUGCAUGAGAAAUGAUAAGCACAUCUUGAAUGGUGGAACUUCUUUCAAGUGUUUGAAUGCCCCCAGAACAAAACAAAAACCAGACAGCCACAAAUUAAUCUUAAGAAUUAAGAAGAAAUAUUAAAGACAUACAAUACUGAGUUUUAUUAAGACUGAAUACAAGACUUUUUAUUUUCAACUGAUGGAAAAUAUUCUGCAAUCACUCAGUUUUGCAUGAUGAUGGAUGUCUUGAAGGGACACGCGUGCAGUACGUGACUGUGAUGGAUAAUAAAAUGCUUUGUUGAAUGCAACAGAGCCAAACCCUC